AUGGAGACCUUCAUCUACUCCCACCUCGACCUCCACGUCCACAUCGCCCUCUUCCACGAUGUAUCAAACUCGGCAGAUAUCAGGAAGAGGAUUAUAGCUGCGGCGACUCUCAAAGGCGAAGAAGGAGACGCGGAACGAGAACGCGUUAACUUUGCUUUCGUCGACGCACGCUUGGUGACAAGCUUGUUGCAUUUCCAGACGGCGAUAUAUCAGGCUAUUCUGUCGGAGAAGCAGGGCGCUUUGAGGACCAAGACCGUGCAUUCUGAGAUCUUAUUCGCGUUGAAUCCCAGUAACAAUAUCACUGAGGCGAUCAGGAGAUACGGCGUUUCGGAUACAACGUCUUCACUCCUCGUGGUUCGCGUUGCAUCGCCCGAUCUAUCCGAUGUCGAAGGAAAGAUGAGGGAGGUCGUUAAGGGUGGUAUAGAGCCAUUGUCAGCGCUCGAGAAGGAUACCGAUUGGGCUGCGGUGAAGAAGUACCAUAAACUCAACACCGAGCCUGCGAUCAAAGAGGCCGGGAAAGAUGUCGCCCGAGAACGGCCUCGACUCUACAAAGCGGAUCAUAUUGUAGCAUACCAUACACCUCAUUGUAGCCUACCAACCUGCUCCGAGUCAUACUUCGUAUCUUGUCAAGUGGAAGUAUCUUCGAUGGCGCGUGGUCGAUGGGUGUUUGCGUUGCUCGUUUGUAUCCAGUAG